AUGCACAAAGUCUCCGAAGCCUAUAAAGCUGCCAUGGAAGCAGACGCUGUUGAGCUUGUUAAAGAUUUAGGAGCUCAUUCAUUUUACCUACGUAGGGUAGGGGCAAAAGCGGCAAUCUCCUUCUCAGCGAAUUAUAGACAUGCUUCAGGAGGACCCUCACAACCGAUCCAAGGAAUUCACUCCGAUAUGUCACCACAAGGAGCCAAAUUUGUUAAAGAUUAUGUACUGGAGAGGUGCUUGGAGUCAAAGGAUCCCAAGGAAAUGGAAGUUGGAAGGUACCUACAGGAAGGUAAACACGCUGUUAUUCUGAAUGUCUGGAGACCACUCGGCACUGUCACAGACAAUCAUCUUGGUUUAUGUAAAUGGGAUUCACUGUCAAAAGAAGAUGCUUUGUAUUCAAGUAUCACACCAACAAAUGGUGGAAAUACCCUUCAGCGAUGGCAGUACAGACAAGGUCAAAGGUGGUUUUACCUCAGCGAACAGAAAGCGGAUGAUGUUUAUGUGUUCAUGCAACAUGAUUCUAGGGCAGCCGAUGGCCACGGAGUUAAUGUACCACACGCUUCUUUCAAUCUCGAAACCGAUCGCAAUGAAGCACCCAAACGAAGUAGCUAUGAGACUAGAGUAAUAGCCAUCGUCACGUGA